CAACCAUCUUUUUUAUUUCUUCUUUUUUAUCUUAUUAGAAAGAUUUUUACACAGCCACUUUUUCAAAAAAGUUUUCUUUUUUUUUUUUUUACCUCUUCUAUAAAAUAAUAAAAUAAAACGGAGGUUAGUUAUUAUUCCGGAAAAAUGUUGAAAUUUCCAAUUCUUAAAAAAAUGGUUCGUAAACCAACAAAUAAAACAAAAAAUGAGGAUGUAGUAGAAGUAGAAAGUCCUAAAACACCAGUUACGCCGGAGUUUAUUGGUGAUGAUGUUGUAUCAUCACCGAUAUCACCAACAUUUAUGACAAUAGAACAUGAAGAUACGAAAAUAUGGUCUUCAUCAUUUUCUUGGAAUAUGCAAUCAACAACUUCUGAGUUUGAUAAUACUACGAUGAGUAAUGUUUGGGAGGAACAUAAUAGUCAAUUAGAUAUUCAAUCAGAUAUUACUAAAAAGGAUGAAAUAAUUGAAAAUAAGAAAGAUGAUUUUGAAGAAAAUGUUUGGACUGAUGUACAAGUUGUUGCUGGAAUGCCAAAUAAUCAAUCAAUUUUUAAUAAUGUAUCAACGAUAUCAAAAAAUGAUGAAUCAUUUCCUUCUCAUCAAGAACGAGAUCAUGAUAGUGAAGAUUCGAAUGAAUUAACUAAUUCCGAAAGUUUUGAGUAUGUUGAUUUAGGAAAAGAUAAUAUUUCAUCAUCAAAAGAAUUAUCAAAAGAAUUUGAUAUAUUUACGAAUUCUGAUAUAAAACUUGAAUUAAAUAAUAAUGAAAUUUUUAAUGAAAAUAAGGAUUUAUAUGAGCAAUGUGAAAAUGAAAAUUCAGAAAAGAUUGUUGUAAAUGAAGAUGAUGAUUUUGGUGCUUUUGAAUGUAGUGAAGAAAAUGAGAGUAAUUUUGAUGAUUUUAGUGAAUUUAAGAGCGAAAAUACAAAUGAUAUUGAUAGUUGUCAGGGAAAUGAAAAAUCUUCUUCUGAUAAUGAUGACGAUUUUGAUGAUUCUAAAAAUAACGAAAAAAACGAAAAAAUUCCUUUCGGUAAUAAUCUAGUGUCACAAAAAGGAUUAAGCUCGGAUUUAGAAGAUUUCAUGUCCACAACAAAUACUGUUGCUGAGUGGAUUUCCGUUUUGGAUAAAAUAUAUGAUUUACAAAUAUCAAAUGAAAGCGUCAAUAAUGAAAGACCUGUGUCAAUUGAAGAUCUUGUAUAUAAUUCACAUGAAAUGAUGGAUACUAAAUUAAAUUGGAGUUCAUUUAUACAACUUUGGAGUGAUCAAGGCGGUGUAGUUAAAUUUUCAUGGCGUGGUUCGCGGAUUAGAAAGGCAUUUUUGGAAUCCGUUAAUUCUAUUUCUGCGAUUAAACCAGCGGAUCGACUUCCCGGUAGCGAUUUAUUUAACGAUGAUUUCCCAUCUCCAAAUCAUUUUACUCAUAGUGAUAUGACAAAACAAUAUGAGGAGAGUUCAACGGAGACACUUUUUGUUGAUACUAAUAAUAUUCCAAUACAGAAUGAUGAUAACGAACAAAGUAGAGAUUCGAAUAGAGAUUCUUGGAUAUCGAUGUCAGACAUUUCAUUUUUGGAAUCUUUCACUUCUAAAGUAUCAAGUAAAUUUGACAAGAAAAAAACACAGCAAAAGUCUGAAUCAUUUUUUGAAGAUUUUCUUGAUCUCAAAACAAAAUCUCCGACGCCACCUGUUAAUAAUUCUCGAAUAGAUAGCGUUAUAGCAAAGAUUGGUCGAAAUUCAACCAAUUUAAGUGCGAAACUUGGUUCCUUGAAGUCUCAUGUAUUUGGAUCCAAUGAUACUUUGAUAUCAACUAAGGAAAAUUCAUCAUCAUCAAGCGUCAAACCUCCCGUCUCCGCAAAUUUAUUAGACGAUCUAAUAAACGAUACGAUAAUUUCAGAAAAAACAAAUGAAAAAAAUAAUUCUAAUGGUUUGCAUAUCACGCCUGUGAAAAACGAAGAUAUUUCAAAUUUUAGAGAUAUGGGUUUAGAUUCCCGACCGUCAAAUGAUUUGAAUCAACAAAGCUUCUUUUCAAAUUUAAAUGAUCAUUCAUCGUCCAUUAAGAAUAAUACGACUUCAUCGAGAGUGAAUACAAAAUUAAACGAUGACGAUGAUUUAUUAAACUCUGAAAAAAUGUUAGAUGACACAAAGAACAAUUCAUCGUUAUCUUCAGAAUCAGUUUUAGCUAAUAACGAUAAUAAUUUGAGUAAUCUUGGAAAUCAAAAACAAGAAGAUAAUUGGAUAUUUUCUACUGAUCUUUCAUUUUUGGAAUCUUUAACUAAUAAUACGAAACCCACAUCAUCAAAUUCUCGUAAAUCUCAACAAAAUUCACUUUUUGAUUUUUCAGAAUUUGAUUUAGAUCUAUCUUCAAAUGUGCAACCAGUACAACCGCAGAAAACUCCAAAUGAUUUUCUACAAUCAAUAUCACAAUUGAUAGCUAAUGAUGAUAAAAGGGAAAAACAGGAAAAUCAACAACCAAAUAGUGCAUCUGAUUCAAACUCUAAACAAUUAUACACAUCUUCAAUGAACGGUAGUUCCACAUCGAUCUCAUCAGAAUUUGGCGAAAUGGUAUCAGCAAAUGAUAUGGAAAAUCAAAAUUUAAAUGAUGAUUGGAUGUUAAAUAAUAAUACAUCAACGAAUCAGGAUAAUUGGAUGUCAAAUUCUGGACUUUCAUUUUUAGAGACUUUAAAAUCAUCCUCCAAUAAUAGUUACCAUAAUAAUCAAAAAUCCAAACAAAAUUUUGGAGAUUUAGACGAAUUUAUAUUACCUUUAAGUAAUAAUAGUAAUAACAAUGAUAAAAUUAAGAAGUCAAAUAAUCAAAUGCAACAACAAAUUCACGAACUUUUUUAUUAAAAAUUGUAAUUUUAUUGUAAGAUAUAUAUUAUGUAUAGAUUAUAUAAUAGAUACUAUUUACCAUAUAUCAUUAUUUGUUUCAUUCAAAAAAAAAAAAAAGAAA